CACCUCAAAGCCUGCAUGUAAGAACAUCUACUGAGAAAUCAUUUUAAUCAGACACCUGUUGAGUGGGAGAAAGAAAAAGGAGAAGAACAAACAAAACUCCCUUGGUCUUGGAUGUAAGGGACGCCACGGCAGCGAUGGACUGGCCACCCUUCACAGCAGCUGUCCUGCUCCUCUGCCUGGUCAUGGCUGAAGUUAACAGUGAAUUUCGAAUCCAGGUAAGAGAUCAUAAUGCUAAAAAUGGCACCAUCAAGUGGCAUUCAAUCAGAAGACAAAAGCGUGAAUGGAUCAAGUUUGCUGCAGCCUGCCGCGAAGGCGAAGACAACUCCAAGAGAAACCCAAUUGCCAAAAUUCAUUCAGAUUGUGCUGCAAACCAGCAAGUUACCUACCGCAUCUCUGGAGUAGGAAUUGAUCAGCCACCUUAUGGAAUCUUUGUAAUUAAUCAAAAAACUGGUGAAAUUAAUAUAACAUCUAUAGUUGAUCGAGAGGUCACUCCUUAUUUCAUUAUUGUUUGCCGGGCUUUGAAUUCACAAGGUCAAGAUUUAGAGAGGCCACUUGAGCUCAGAGUCAGGGUUUUGGAUAUAAAUGACAACCCUCCAGUGUUUUCCAUGGCUACAUUUAUAGGACAAAUAGAAGAAAAUUCUAAUGCAAAUACUUUGGUGAUGAAACUCAAUGCUACUGAUGCCGAUGAACCAAACAACUUGAAUUCAAAAAUCGCCUUCAAGAUUAUAAGACAGGAACCUUCUGACUCUCCAAUGUUCAUCAUCAACCGAUAUACUGGAGAAAUUCGAACAAUGAACAAUUUUCUAGACAGAGAGCAAUAUGGCCAGUAUUCUCUUGCUGUAAAAGGCUCAGACCGAGAUGGUGGGGCAGACGGCAUGUCAGCGGAGUGCGACUGUAACAUUAAAAUCCUUGAUGUCAAUGAUAACAUCCCCUACCUGGAGAAAUCUUCAUACAGCAUAGAAAUUGAAGAAAAUGCUCUACACUCAGACUUGGACCAGAUUAGAGUCAUUGAUUUGGAUGAAGAGUACACAGAUAACUGGGUGGCAGUAAUUUUCUUCAUCUCCGGAAAUGAGGGAAAUUGGUUUGAGAUAGAAAUGAAUGAAAAAACGAAUGUGGGAAUUCUGAAAGUUGUUAAGCCCCUAGAUUACGAAACGAUGAACAAUCUGCAACUCAGUAUUGGUGUUAGAAAUAAAGCUGAAUUUCAUCAUUCAAUUAUGGCUCAAUAUAAACUCACAGCUACUGUAAUCUCUGUGUCUGUGAAAAAUGUAGUUGAAGGCUCAGUGUUUCGCCCAGGUUCAAAGACAUACGUGGUAACAAGUAACAUGGGAGCAAAUUCUAAAGUGGGAGACUUCAUAGCUACUGACCUGGACACAGGUUUAGCUUCAACAACUGUUAGAUAUGUAAUGGGAAAUAAUCCAGCUGACCUGCUAGCUGUUGACUCAAAAACAGGCAUACUCACUUUAAGAAAUAGAGUUACCAUGGAACAGUAUCAAAUGCUUAACAAAAGAUACCAAGGAACAAUUUUAUCUAUAGAUGAUUCUCUUCAUAGAACUUGUACUGGUACAAUUAUUAUUGACCUUGAAGGUUCUGGCUGGGUAACAGAAGAUAGCAGCAGUACACAGGGUGGCAGCAGCAACACAGGCACUACUUCAGAAAACACUACCGAAGACAGCAGUGGAGGUGGCACUAGUACCAACACCGGUGGACAAUCUUCCAGUGAUGAUACUGAUGUCAACAACGAAGAAAAUGGUGACAAAAAUGGUGGUGCAUAUAAUGGUGGUGAAGCAUUUGAAAAUGGAAUUGCAGAUAAUGUGCACUUUGGCCCUGCGGGCAUUGGACUACUCAUCAUGGGAUUCCUAGUCCUGGGAUUGGUCCCAUUCUUGUUGAUCUGUUGUGAUUGCGGAGGUGCCCCUGGGGGCGGCGCUGGCUUUGAGCCUGUCCCUGAGUGUUCCGAUGGAGCGAUUCAUUCCUGGGCAGUAGAAGGACCACAGCCUGAACCCCACGAUUUGGCCACUAUCUGUGUGCCACAAAUACCACCCGGUGGUGCAACCAUGAUGGAAUGCAUUGACAACUCAGGUGUUUAUACAAAUGACUAUUGUGCCAGAGAAAUGCAAGACCUGGGAGGAGGAGAAAGAAUGACAGGAUUUGAACUAAUUGAGGGAGUUAAAACACCAGCUGCACCUGAGAUAUGCCAAGAAUAUUCCGGAACAUUACGAAGAAACUCUAUGAGGGAAUGUAGAGAGGGUCUGAAUAUGAAUUUCAUGGAAAACUACUUCUGUCAGAAAGCAUAUGCCUAUGCUGAUGAGGAUGAAGGACGCCCAUCCAAAGAUUGUUUGCUCAUAUAUGAUAAUGAAGGUGUAGAUUCCCCUGCUGGCUCUGUGGGUUGUUGUAGUUUCAUUGGUGAAGACUUGGAUGAAAGCUUCUUGGAGACUCUUGGGCCUAAAUUUAAGAAGUUGGCAGAUAUCACCCUGGGAAAAGAAACCGUAUGCUAUCCAGACCCUGAUCCCUCUUGGCCUCCUCAGAACACUGAACCAAUCUACCCUCAGCAAACAACGGGGCUAGUGGCUAGUGGACACCAGCAAGUCUCCCAGCACGUUGGCGCUACCACAGUAAUUUCUGAGAAUACCUAUCCCUCGGGACCUGCUGUACAUCAUCCUAUGCCUAUUCCUGACCCUCUGGGCUACGGUAAUGUCACUGUGACCGAGUCCUACACCACCUCUGGUGCUCUGAAGCCCUCUGUCCACCUUCAUGAUAACCUGCAUGCACCCAAUGUGGUGGUGACAGAGAGGGUGGUAGGCCCCAUCUCAGGUGCUGAUUUGCAUGGAAUGUUAGAGAUGCCUGACUUGAGAGAUGGGUCAAAUGUUAUAGUGACAGAAAGGGUCAUAGCACCAGGUUCAAGUCUACCCACCUCCCUGACUAUCCCUACUCCUAUAGAGCCUUCAAAUGUGGUAGUUACAGAAAGAGUAAUUCAACCAACUUCUGGUAUGAUGGGCAAUCUAAGUAUGCACCCAGAUUUAUCAAAUGCCCACAAUGUGAUUGUGACAGAGAGGGUUGUUUCCGGUGCUGGCAUUAGUGGAAUUAGUGGUGCAGCUGGGUUAAGUGGUGGCGUAGGCAGCAGUGGCCUGGUUAGCACCAACAUGGGUGUCAGUGGCAGUGGCCUGAGUGGAGCUGGAGUAAGUGGUGGUGGCAUCGGGCUGGGAAGCCUGGGUGGAGGUGGAGGCCUGAGUGGCACCAUGGGUGGGACAGCCACCAUUAGCCACAUGAGGAAUUCCUCUGACCAUCACUUUACCCAGCCCCUGGGAUCUGCCUCCCCUAGCACAACCCGAAGUCGAAUCACAAAGUACAGUACAGUACAAUAUACCAAGUAGUUGGUAUCCCGAAGCACUUGCUCACGGUGAUUAUGGCUUAGAUUCAAUUCCCACCACCCAAAAUCUAAUAAUGUAACUUAGGAUGCACAGCUAGGUGGUAAGAGCUUCACUUUGCUGUGAGAAACCACAAUGAGAAAAAUAAAUGGAAACAUUGCCAUGGGGGAGAGAGUUCUCUGUACAUUUGUGAAGUGUUUCCUUAUAUUAAUAUUAAUGACCUCAUGACAGUGGACUAAAACUAGAGGCCUGACGUCUUUGUACCUAUGUGGCCUGUAGUUUACAGCCAGUAUGUGGAGUAAAUUAAAUGUGGUCAUGUAAAAGUACUACCCCUAGCAUGGCAUUUGGCAUUGUUUUCCUGUAAUUUGCCAUGUAACUCAGGCAGUAUUCAAAAAUAACUAACCAUGCAAUAUACUGCCAUAUGUAAUCUGAAAUUUUGCCCCAUCAAUUUCAUAGAUGAUGCAAAUAACACUCCAACCACAGAUUCAGACCAGGGUUAGCUAUUUAAGAACCUAAUUACCUAAUCAAGCCUACAGCCACCAAGCUCUGUUACCUUGACUGUACUUAACUGCACUAGAGGAAAUAAACAUCAGAUUAGGAAAUGCUUCCCAAGAGAAAAAUUCCAUUAGAAACUACCAGUAGAAUGAGAUUUGUCCAGGGUAAACUGGCAGAGUCUGAGCCUGAACCUCAAGGUGAGGCUUCAGCUAAAAGUUAAGGACUUUCCUGCUCCCUGUUUGGGGUUAAUGGUAGAUGUGAGCUUGAAGAAUAUUGCCCACUGGGGAGGUUAUGAGGCAUCACACUCAUUUUUCUCUUUACCACUGUGGUUGUGAAUUAAUAUUAAGGGAAAAUGUCUCAGGUUCAGUGAAGGGACAGGUGACGGGUUUGUCAUCACUAGUGGUAAAUACCUUCGCAGCUAAGCAGAUACAAACUGCACUGCAUUGUCAGAUUGUUUUCAGCAAGUGUUAGUCAUGCACAUCCAGCUUUUUGUUACCUUGCUCCAAAGUUAAAAUGACUUACUUAAGCUGAGCUGUGGGGGAAGAAGCUAGCAGCAUGGUUAAGCUAUGGGGAAGUUUUCUAAGGGGAUCUUAAAAAAAUGUUUUUAGAACAUUUAAACUUUUAAAUGGGGAAAGUUAGAAAAGAAUUGUUCAGUAAAGCACUAUCGAACUAAUUAUUAGCUUUGAGUUUAGUACUUUCUUUUAACAACCCUCUGCUGCCAUUUUGAAUUCCUCAACCAUGAACCUUUUACAGUUAAUGAUACUGUGUUGGAAAGAAUAAAAAAGUACUAGACAAACUCAUUUCUUUCACUCCCUAACAACUAAAUUUUUUCACUAGCAUAAAUUUUAAAAUCAUGAUUUGACUUGUCAAUAAAUUCCUGGCUUAUAAAUGCUCUGAUGUAUAGAUAAUUCCUAAAGAGUAUAAAAGGACAUAUUCUUCUAGUUUCAAAACAUAGUAAUGUGCUAUUUAUGAUAUAUUAUUUCUGUGUACUUGCUAUAUAAUGUGUCCUGAAUACAAAUCUCUAAAGAGAACCAACACAUUCCAAGAAAUAGGUAUAUUUACCAUUGUAUGGUAGAGGAGUUGUUUGGGGGUUUUUUUGUUUUGUUUUGUUUUGUUUUGUUUUGUUUUUGGUCUUUUUAAAGUUCAUUGUUAAUAUAAGCUCACUAAAGUGAGACUGCAUACAACAAAAUAAAACUAGGAAACAAUUCUUCCUCCUGGAGUUGUGAAUUAUAUACUUUAAAAGAUUUUUUUCCUAGUCAACUACUCAAAUUUUCCAGGAUGUUACAAGAUCAAAGAAUCAUUAUUCAACUUCCAACACUUGUCAAAGAGGGAUGGGAGUGAAUGACUUUACCUAGAGCUAUUUUGCUCAAUAUAAUAGCAGAUGGGGUUAAUAUGAUAAAAGCCACAAUAUACAUCUUACAUUAGCUCUGUAGAAUAUGUAAAAUUUUGAUAAUCUGUAAUAUGUCAAAAUGCAGAAGUGUAAAUAAAGUUAUUCAAAGGGAGUCUUUCUUUUCUUUGGUACCCGGGAUCAAAAUCAGGACCUUGCACUUUCGAGGCAGG